AUGUCUAUCUAUCUAUCUUAUCUAUCUAUCUAUCUAUCUGCUGAUUCAUUGCAUAUUCUUAUCUAUCUAUCUAUCAAUAUAUUCAUCUAUCUAUGGACCAGUCUUUUUCAUGUGAAAUACAUCAAUCAUAGCAUUUUCAUAUCUAUCUAUCUUUUGUAUCUGUAUAUAUAUUUUCCGAAAAUCUAUCUAUCUAUCUUUGCUUAUUAUAUCUAUCUAUCUAUCUAUCUAUCUAAAAGAAUUCAUAUCUAUAUAUGUAUCAAACUUUGCCUAUUGUUUUUCUUUCUUUUUCUUUCAAACAACUUUUUUCUUAAUUUUCUUUCCUUCUUUCUUCUCUUCUCUUAUAUUAAUCACUUUACAUUCUUUCUUUUCCGAUUGACAUUUCCCUUUCUUUCUUUCUUUCUUUUUCUUUCUUUUCUUUCUUUCUUUCUUAUCCCAUUGACAUUUCCCUAUCUUUUUCUAUUUCUUUCUUUCCCUAUUGACAUUUCACUUUCUUUCUUUCUUUCUUUCUUUCUUUCUUUCUUUUCCUAUUGUCAUUUCCCUUUCUUUCUUUCUUUCUGCUCAUAUUUUCUUUCUUUUUUCUUUCUUUCUUUUCCUAUUGACAUUUUCCUGUCUCCCUUUCUUUAUUUCCCUAUUGACAUUUCACCGUUUUUCUUUUUCUUUCUUUCUUUCUUUCUUUCUUUCUUUCUUUCUUUCUUUUCCCAUUGA